CCCACCGACGUCGUUUUAGAUGUACUCUCUGUGUUCUUUACCUUCUCAGCUUCCUCCGUCUCAAAUCAAUCCAUCGCCUUUCCGGCGGAAAAACAUAAAUGUCCGUUAAUGACAGUAUCGAUCCUCGGUUCCUAUACCAUGUGGAAGAUGAAUCUUUGCGUUUCCGUGUCGGAGAGUCCGCUCCCAGAAGCCGGGAGCUCGAAACUAUCAGCGAUCGCCGAUUCAGGAUGCGGCAAGGUUUCUGCGCAAAUAGACCUGAGAAGUAUGAAACGAGUUAUUCCGAUGGAGAUGAUAACGAUGAAAACGUUUCUGUCCGAAGACAUGGCGCCUUGACUCAACCUGAUAUUGAUUCUGGUAAUAAUGCAGUUGCACAAACCAACAGGGAAAGUAAAAAUCCAGGUUCAGUUGGUUGGGAACUGGUUGUGAGAGAUGAUGAGGAAAGGAAAUCAUCGAUUGAUCGACAUGAAAUGGAGUUUAAGGUGAUGAUCGCUAACCCAGAUGAUAACACGCAGUCAAAACGAGAUUUUGCUUCUGUGGACAAGGAGAGAGUCACAAGUGUCAGCUCUUGGGAGUCUCUCAAAGCCAUCCUCUCUGAUCCUGUCACCGGAAACUUAAUGAAUGAUGCUACCAUACUGCCUUGUGGACAUUCUUUUGGAGCUGGAGGGCUAAGAGAAGUCAAACGAAUGAAAGCAUGUUUCACAUGUUCCCAACCUACUUCAGAAGGAUCAGGAAAGCCAAAUCUGUCUCUUAGAAUUGUAGUUUAUGCCUUCUGCCAAGAAGAAGAAUCAGAUCAUAUUCACUCCUUGAAGCGAAGGAAAGAAAGGUCGGAUCAGCACAAGAGAAGUUUCUACAUCCCAAAAGUCACAGAAACUCCAAAGAGUAGCCGAGGCAUACAGUUUCCUUUCUCCAUCGGAGAUCAUAUUAUCAUAGAGGGAAACAAAAGGACACCUCCACGGUUUGUCGGACGCAAGGCAGUUAUAAUGACACAGUGCUUAAAUGGAUGGUACGUUGUGAAGACAGUGGACAAUGCAGAGUCUAUUAAGUUACAACAUUGCUCACUUGCUAAGAUCUCUGACAAUUCGCCUGCUAAAGUAACAGUAGCUGAAGUGGCACCAUCUUGGCUUUAGCUCAUAUAGAUCAGCAUCUGUAAUUUUCGUUCGUUCAAGAGAAACUGAAUACGACAUCUCAUUAUGUGGUACAGGAACCAGACAACGAUUCCCUUGUAUUAUUAAGACGCAGUGUUUCAUAUUCGUACUAGAAAACUUUGCCUCUAGAAUAGACAUGUGUAUUGAAGCAAAUGCCAAAUUUGUAGCAUUGAUACAUAAAGGUCGCUUCUAAUGUUACAUACACGAAUGACAAAGCAUCAAUCGCCUAUUAUUUACACUAACGAUGAUAACUAUCAAAA